GUUUUAGCUGCCGGCGCGAGCGGUGCUAUUUUCAAAAACGCUCGAGAGUGGCUCGAAAUUUCGAAAAUUGCUGGCCAGGAAAAUCGCUCUUUUAGAAGGGGGAAAACUCGCGCGCGCGAUUUCCACGUUCGACGACGAUCUUUUAUAGAGCGCCAUUACAACCGAAUCAUUCGUGAAAUACGUCUGAAAUUCCUCCUCUAUUUCGCCGUAAAAAAAAGAAGUAAAAAUAAAAAAAAAUAGACCCAAGCCCAAGCCAAGGCAAUUGAAAAUGCGAUUCAUAUCGGUCCGAAUAGCAGCAGCAAUAACAACAGCAACUAGACGACAGCAGCAACAGCAACAACACUGGUGAUCGCUGGCAACAUGUCAAGCAUAAUUAAUUUUCGAUUCCGCCGAUUUCUUGCCACCACAAGCACCUCAUCUGGAAAUCUGGAAGUGUAAUUACGGUCAUAAUUCACGCAAGCCGCAGCCACAACACAAAAAAAAAAAGAAAACACAAAAACCGAAAGCAAAGCAUUUAACGAGAAUCGUGCUGAGGAAAAACUAAUAGAGAUUUCCGCGAACAUCGACCGAUUGAGAAAAUGUGUUGCCAAUCAAGUGGCCAGUGGAAAUUUUCUGCGCAGCAGCCUCCGAAAUCACCGGCGCCAAGGCGGCAUUACCUAGGAUUUUCCCAACGGACCCAGGUCCUGAUCCUCACCAUAAUCCUGCUGGCUGUGCUCCAAACUCAGGCAGUCGCCGCCGGAGCGGGCGAUAGCCUAUCAGGCGUCCGACAAUCCUGCUCGAAUGAGGGAGAAGAAGUGCAACUGAAGAAUCAACCGCAGAUUUUCACCUGCUUCAAAUGCGAAUGCCAGAACGGAUUCGUCAAUUGCCGCGAUACCUGUCCGCCCGUCAAUGACUGCUACAUUCUGGAUAAAUCGAAUGGAACUUGUUGCCGCAGGUGCAAAGGUUGCUCUUUCCGUGGCAUGUCCUAUGAGAGUGGUUCGGAGUGGAGUGAUCCGGAGGAUCCCUGCAAGACGUACAAGUGCGUGGCCACCGUGGUCACCGAGACGAUCCAGAAGUGCUAUUCGCAGUGCGACGACAACCAGUUACAGCCUCCACGGCCCGGCGAAUGCUGCCCCACCUGUCAGGGUUGCAAGAUCAACGGACAGACGGUGGCCGAGGGUCAGGAGGUGGACGCCUCCAUCGACGAUCGCUGUCUGGUGUGCCAGUGCCGCGGGAACCAGCUGACCUGCUCCAAGAAGACCUGCCCGGUGCUCCCGUGUCCCAUGUCCAAGCAGACCAAGCGUCCGGACGAAUGCUGUCCGCGGUGUCCGCAGAACCACAGUUUUCUUCCGGUUCCAGGCAAGUGCCUCUUCAACAAGAGUGUGUACCCCGAGAAGACGCAGUUCAUGCCGGACAGGUGUACGAACUGCACCUGCCUGAACGGCACCUCCGUCUGCCAGCGGCCCACUUGCCCGAUCCUGGAGUGCUCGCCGGAGUUCCAGGAGCCGGAUGGCUGUUGUCCUCGUUGCGCCGUCGCCGAGGUGCGGAGCGAGUGCAGCCUGGACGGGGUGAUCUACCAGAACAACGAGACCUGGGACAUGGGCCCCUGCCGCAGUUGCCGCUGCAACGGGGGCACCAUCCGCUGUGCCCAGAUGCGCUGUCCGGCGGUCAAGUGCCGGGCCAACGAGGAGCUGAAGCAGCCGGCGGGAGAGUGCUGCCAGCGGUGCGUGGAGACGGCCGGAACCUGCACGGUGUUCGGAGAUCCCCACUUCCGCACCUUUGACGGCAAGUUCUUCAGCUUCCAGGGCAGCUGCAAGUACCUCCUGGCGUCCGACUGUCUGGGCAAGACCUUCCACAUCCGGCUGACGAACGAGGGGCGUGGCACGAGGCGCGCCAGUUGGGCCAAGACGGUGACCCUCAAUCUGCGCAACCUGAAGGUGAAUCUCGGCCAGAGGAUGCGGGUCAAGGUGAACGGAACGAGGGUCACGCUGCCCUAUGUGGGCGUGGCCGGUGGCCAGAAUGUCACCAUUGAGCGGCUGACCGACGGAGGAGCGGUGAUGCUGAGAUCGGAGAUGGGUCUGACCCUGGAGUGGAAUGGAGCUGGCUUCCUGCAGGUCUCGGUGCCGGCGAAAUUCAAGCAACGGCUGUGCGGCCUGUGUGGCAACUUCAACGGCAGUUCCCGCGAUGAUCUCACCGGGAAGGAUGGACGCAGUCACGGAGACGACGAGGUCUGGCACUUUGCCAACUCCUGGAAGGUGGGUGGCCCCAAGUCCUGUUCGCGAAAACGCGAAUUCCUGGCCGCCACGCCCACCUGCGACAAGCGAAAGUCGAACUUCUACUGCCAUCCGCUGAGUGUUCCGGAUCUCUUUGGCGAGUGCCACGAGCGGCUGAAUCCGGAGAACUACAAGGCCGCCUGCCGGAUGGACGUGUGCGAGUGUCCCUCGGGCGAUUGCCACUGCGACAGCUUUGCGGCCUACGCCCACGAGUGCCGCCGGCUGGGCGUCCACCUGCCGGAUUGGAGAAAUGCCACCAGUUGUCCAGCGGCCGGCUGGCGACGCGGCAAUGCCACGCUGUCCAGCUUCAAGGGCAACCAGUUCUACGGCGACCCGAGCUUCAGCCGGAUGAAGGGUCGCCGGCGGCAGAAGAACCACCAGUUGCGACUGCAGCUGCAGCAGGAGCAGCAGCAGCGGAGCAAACAGGGCCAGAAGGGGCGGCACAAGCCGGGCGGCCUGUCCAGUGGCCACGCCCACAACCGGCUGGACAAGGAUCAGCUGCAGAAGGAGUUCAUCCUGAAGCACGUGCCCAGCAGUUUCCUCUAUCCACGUGCGCCGGAUCGCACGCCGCCGCCCCUCCACUAAGUUAGUCGAGCGUUUAACUUUAGUUACCCAUUUAGUUAGUUACUACACACCCACAAGCACACACACACACACACUCACUAACCCACACAAGAGCACGCCCAUCCGCACAGAUACUCGGGCAAAGAGAGAGUGGCCCGCCAUAUAUAGCAUACUUUUGGCGGCCCCAAAAAGCCGAGAAACCGUGAGGGAAACCUAGUUGAAUUCGCUCCCAUGACAGCCAGGCAACAGUAUUACGCUGAACGUCCUCUGGAGUAGGCAGAUAUAUAUAUAUAUAUAAACCGGAUAUAGGCACAUAAUAUCCGGUCACACACGCACACACACACGUAGCAUCGAAACUCAUCCUGUCGCCAUUUCGUGUAGCCUAAGUUUUAUUUAUUUUAGCUUUAGUAAUGGAGUUUUAUUCGGAGAGCCUGUUGUUUGUGUGCCUGUUUUGUAUUCGUAUUUGUAUUUGUAUUUGUACUCUCGUAUGUGUGUUCGUCGCUGCGCUGAACUAAAAACUGAUCUAAAAAACUACUACUAAACUAAACUAUAACUAAGCUAAGCCUUAGCUAAUUGUACUUAGAACUUAACGCAGUCCUAGCUGAAGUACUUGAUAAUGUUUGCUUAAAAUUUAAGCCCUAGAAAGGAUGAGGAGAUGGACCUACCCCAACUACUAUGAGAAUUGCACAACAGUAUUUUCGUUUAGUUGAAACUUGAACGAGCCCCAGAUCCGCAGAACUCAACUGAACUCAACCCAACUCUCUCCAAUCAACCCUACUUAACCAACUCGAAAUUCCGCUUAUCUCAAAUUAACCAACUUUUACCCCAAACUGUGUUAAUAUUUAUACAACUAUCGCGAGCUAUUUAUGCACUUAACCAGCGGAAAAGGGAGACAGCUCUUUGCCAUCUUUCAAUUUUACAAAUUAAUCGAGUUUAAAGUUUAAAGUUUAAUGUUAAUGUAAUGUACUAUAAUAACACCUUUAAAUACUACUUGUAUGGCUGGAUCUGUAAAUUUACGAAAUAUUUGAAUAUCCCAAAAGAUGAAAAAAUUAAAAGAAAUGAAAAACAAAACAAAAACCAAUGCCACAAAUGCAAGUGGAUAAAAUUGAAAUAU